UAGAAGGUAGUGACUUGCACUUGUAAUUUGCUAAUAGUGCCUGGAAAGUAAUUACACAAAGCUCUGCCUUCGUACUGCACAACGCGGAGCGCUAUGAUCACGUCAUGACGUAUAAAUUCCCUUGAAAAGGAUCAGCCACAGCUAACUCCUGUGUACGAUGGGCAUGUCCCACGCUGCUCUAGUUGUCGACGUCGCGCUGCGCUGGAUCAUAGCCAGGUUCUGGCCCCAUUCACGUUACCCUCGCUGAAGCAAAUGGACGGGCACCUGUAAUGUUAGAAAAACCUCGACAUGUCGCCGAAAACGCAAGGAAGCGAAGGCACCGAGUCGGCACAGUUCCUCUAGCUAGAAACUCGGCCGUGCAGUGCUAUUACAGACCUAGCGCUCUCUCCGUCACCUUUGCGGGCUGUCGUGAGUACGCCCAGCUGCAGUCUCCUUCGGGACCGCUGUAGUUAGAAUUCGGUUCCAUGAUCUGUGUGCCAGUAGCGGGGCAGGAGAGGACAUCCGCAGUGACUCACCCAGCAUCUAGCAGAAUUAAUGGACCGCUCAAACCCGUGAAAACUUGGGUGUACGUGGUUCCGACUCUUCCCUAAGGGUUUCCCUGGUUAGUUCGAGUUCCUCAGAGGUUGGGUGGAUAGAGAGUGUAUGGAAGAGACGAAGCAAGCGUGGCCAUCGUUUUCUUAGGCUUUUGAGGCCUUAUUCCUUGUUCCCCGUGAUGUGAAGGAGCAUCACCACUGCCGCAGUGUCCCGUAAUUCCUUAGCUUCACAGAUGCAGAGACGACCCAAUACCGUCCAACGGCCGGCUGCAGGAUUCGCGUCACACCGUGAUCGCUUCAGGCGACGAUAAUU